AUGGAUGUCCGAAGUGUGGAAGACUGGAGCAGAGGCGAGGUGGCAGUCCUCAACUCGCGGCUGCAGAGCCCGAGAUUGGUGGAGAGGGGAGGGGAGCAGCAGCUCGAGGAGUCCCGCUAUGAACCUGGAAUGACGCUCGUGGACAGCUGCAGUGACCCACGCGCCUGGCUGGCUCCAGCGCAGCCUUCGGGCACCUGCGUGGCACACGCCAGUUCACCCGACUACCUGCGGCACUCGCCCUGCCCGAGCACCGGCUCCUACCACGAGAGUGGUUCCCCGGAGUCCUCGGGCCACCCCAGCCCUCCCAGCUACAGAAAAACUGCCAAGAGCCCCUCCUCCUCUUCGCUCAAAGUCAGGGACUUGUGCCGUCUUCAAGGCACCGUCACCGGGUCUGACGAAGAGACAUCCCCGAGACAGAGAGCCCAGUCCAGCAGACCAGUCCACGGAGUGCAGAAGCAGAGGCGCGUAGCCGCAAACGCGCGCGAAAGGAGGCGGAUGCACGGGCUUAACUACGCGUUCGACGAGCUGCGCAGCGUCAUCCCUGCGUUGGACAACGACAAACAGCUCUCCAAAUAUGAAACUUUACAGAUGGCGCAGAUUUACAUCAACGCUCUGGCUGAUCUGCUCCAAGGUCCCGUCUCCUCCAGCAGCAGCAGCAAUUCCGAAGUCUCAAACAAUAAAAACAACUCGCCAAAAUGUGACACUGCGCUUCCACCCGCCGUUGGUUUUGACGGGGCGAAGGACAGGGCUCCCCCGUCCCCCGCAACCUGUAGGACAGCGGCGGCUGUGCCCGUCUCCGGUGGCGGCUUACCUGUUCACAUCAGCGGGAUGCCCUUCCACCCCUCAUUUGACGACGGUUCGUUUUCCGCCAUGGUUGAAGAAGCGAUGCGUUCGCCCUCUCCUCCUCCCUGCGCUCGGGCGGGCAGCUCGCUCGCACCGGUCGGAGGCGGGAGGAAAGAGUCCCCCCGGAGCGACGGAGAGUUUUCCCCGCACUCCCACUUCAGUGACUCGGAUGAAAUAGCGAUGGAGCUCCACUCAAGUGAAGAGGAUGACUUCUCAGAUCUCAAGCUACGCAGCCACCAUCAUCACACGGUUGCUUUCUGAAUGAUUAAAAAAUAACCGACUUUAUUAAAAAGUGCAGGACAACAAAGUGUAAUGGCCGUUCACCGUGUCAAUCAUGCAGUCUAUCUGUUGCUAACAAAACACCGUUCAAUGAUGGGAAUGUCAUGUUCAAUUUUUAACAAUAAUUCUAUUUUAUCAACUUGUUAGUGUAAAGGUUAUUUUUCGUGUGAGAUAGACCUAAUUCGGUUCUGCCAAUAGAUAGCCUAUAAUUUCCAGUUUCCAUGGAGACGUGGCUGGAAGACCCCUCUGCCAUGUCGCGCAUAUAGCACUGCCAUGGGUAUUUCCUACGUCACUCCGACCAAAAAAGCUGUCUUCCACAAAAUAAUAACUUUAUGGAUAAAUGCUUGUAUUUGAUAAUGUAAAAACACUUUUUUUGUAGCUAUAAUAUGAUUUUUGUUUUGAUUUAUGUUUUAAUUUGUUAAUUUGUUUGUCUAAUGUAGCUAUUUAGUUUUGCAACUUCAAAAGUUCAUAAUGUGCACUUUAAAAAUAUACGAGCCAGAGGCUUGAGGAAUACGACCUUUGUUUUCACACCAUAAACAAUAUUGUGUUGCUUUGUUUGCUAGUGUAGUACUGCCAAUUCCAAACAAAUAGCCUAUUUAAUGUAACCAUCAAUGCUGCCUUCUUUUGUAUUUUAUUUUGUACCUUCAGAUGAACUUGUGUGUCUUUUGCUUUCACUGGAUGAGAUUAAUUGACAUGUAGGCCUAUUUAUUGCUGAUAUGUUUCAUUUGAUUUGCUUUU